AUGGAGACUCGUACUGAGACAGUUGAAGCAUCAGUGGCUCUAAUAUUAGAGUACAUCUUGCACCUUUACAGAUUUGAGACAAUUUGUAUCCUACGCCUUCUAGAUGCAAACCUCCGACGGAGAGUGCGCACUCGAAGGGAAAUGCCAGUUAAGCCAUCCACUUUGAUAGAUAGGAUGCCAAUGCAAGUAAGGCAUAUGCAUAGGUUAGUGGGAAUUACUGAUUUUGAUUGUUUGGAUAACCUCCGAAUGGACCGUAAUACAUUCGGGGGGCUCUGCCAAUUACUGAAACACGUGGGAGGCCUGAAGGAUGGGAGAUUUGUGCUUGUGGAGGAGCAAAUAGCAAUGUUCUUAGAGAUUUUAGCACACCAUAGAAAACAUAGGAUCGUCAAGUUUGAUUUUUGGAGGUCAGGACAAACGGUGUCUAAUUAUGUUCAUCGUGUAUUGAGAUCUAUUUUAAAGUUGAAUGCUCUUGUUACGGUGAAACCUGACCCAGUAACAACCGAUUCUGUUGACCCCCGAUGGAAGUGGUUCAAGGGUUGCUUAGGGGCCCUGGAUGAGACAUAUAUCAGUAUGCUUGUACUUAAUGUGGAUAAGCCGAGGUAUCGGACGCGUAAGGGAAAAAUAGCGACGAAUACUUUAGCUGUUUGUGAUCGGUAUAUGAGGUUUGUCUAUGUCCUGCUGGGAUGGGAAGGGUCCGCUGCUGAUUCUAGAGUUCUCAGAGACGCGAUCAAUAGGGUUCAUGGCUUGCGUGUGCCAAAAGGGAAUUUCUAUCUUUGCGACAACGGGUACGCUAAUAGCGAAGGUUUUUUGAGCCCAUAUAAGACUGUCUGUUACCACCUUAAAGAGUGGGGUCCUACUGCAUCAAUGCCCCAAAACCCCAAGGAGAUGUUCAAUAUGAGGCAUACAAAGGCACACAACAUAAUUGAGCGUGCUUUUGUGGUGCUAAAAAUGCGUUGGGAAAUUCUUAGGAGUGCGGCAUUUUAUCCCGUUAAGAUCCAAGUUAGGCUUAUCAUGGCUUGUUUUUUGCUACACAACUUUAUCCGCUCUGAGAUGCCAACUGAUCCGAUAGAGAAAGAACUUGGCUUCGAGGAUUGUGCUGAGUAUGAAGGCCAUAAUGAUGGGGGCGUUGAAUUUGUGGACGGGGUAGAGCCUUCAACCGAGUGGAAUCAGAAACGCGAUGACAUGGCACAAGCUAUGUGGGAUCAUGAACAUGUUGGAGCACGACGACGCGAUGUUGGUCCCGGAAUGUCGUUGCGGUGGCGGCUCGUGUAG